CAGGACUUGUUGUUUUUAUUAUAACAGCUAUUAUUUGCAGUUUCCCAUGGUAAAAUAGUAAUAAUUGGUGCAUUUAUAGUUUCAUUUUGAAAGUUUACACCGGAAAUAUCGCUGGGCGCAUAUGUCGCUUGAUAAUUUUUGAAGCUAGCUCUAUGAUUAGCCACGUCAUGUAAACUUAGCACUGCAUCAAUUGUGAUAUCGGUUGAACCAGCUAGUCGGAGGACACGGACUCAUUUUCAGGGAAAAGGAAUUUUGUUUUGGGGUCAUACGUGGACAGAAAUCGUAUGGGAAGAUGUCAGAUAUUGGGGACUGGUUUAGAAGCGUCCCUCCAAUCACCCGGUCCUGGUUUGCUGCUUCCAUCGCUGUUCCCUUAAUAGGGAAACUAGGACUAAUUGACUUCAGACACCUCAUUCUGGUCCCAGAGUUUGUCUAUAGCAGAUUCCAUCUGUGGAGACCAGUGACAGCCACCUUGUUUUUCCCAAUAACUCCCAACACUGGCUUCCUUUAUCUGGUCAACCUGUAUUUCCUCUACCACUACUCCAGUAGACUAGAAACAGGGGCGUUCGAUGGCAGACCAGCAGACUAUAUUUUCAUGCUUUUCUUCAACUGGAUUUGCAUUGUUAUUACUGGAAUGAUGAUGGACAUGCGGCUCCUCAUGAUUCCCCUCAUCAUGUCAGUGUUGUACGUCUGGGCUCAGUUUAAUAAAGACAUGAUCGUGUCCUUCUGGUUUGGAACACGAUUCAAGGCACAUUAUCUCCCUUGGGUCAUUUUGGGCUUUAACUUCAUCAUCGGAGGCUCUUUUGUGAAUGAACUGACAGGGAACCUGGUGGGUCACCUCUACUUCUUCCUCAUGUACAAAUACCCCAUGGACCUGGGAGGACGUUCCUUUCUCACCACACCAGAGUUUUUGUAUCGUUAUUUCCCUAACAGAAGAGGAGGUGUGUCGGGAUUUGGAGCUCCUCCCACCAGGAGACCAGCCGCCCAGGAGCAGCCAGGAGGAGGAGCAGGAGGAGGACGUCACAACUGGGGCCAAGGUUUCCGCCUGGGGGGUGAAUGAGAGGAGCGGAGAGGAGAUGUCAACAACAUCCUCCGCCUCCUCAGCUCUUAGCAAAAAUAAAAAAGGCCUUUGCAGCUGACGACGUUGGUUGAUAUGCCUGCUUCUUCCCAUGUCAAUCACCUGUGGGAAAUAAAGAAUAAAUAUGUUGAUCUUAAUUAAUUGUUUAGUGUUAGAGAUGAUGGGAUGAAACUAGAGGGAGUAUGCAUUUAAACCACGGACGCAGCAGGACUCAGACUCUGACCAUCAGGCUCAGUUCACCACGUAAAGCCAGCUCUUCUUCUCCACCAAACUACUGCAGAUGUGUCCAAGUGAAGCAGAUAGAAGAAAAUAUUAAUAAUAAAGUUUUUUUUAUUUUUUCGUAUCGUGAUGUUUCUCUGUUGCUUCUUCCUCCUCUCUGCCCUCUUCUUUCAUCCCUCUUCCUCACUUUGUCACUGGUCUGAUAAAACCAGAGACGUUGCAGCUGCUCAGCAGCUCGCGGAUUGUUUUGAUUCACACGGUUCUAUGUCUCUCUGUUGCCAUAUCGGAUUACAGUGCUUUCAGCUGCCCCUUCACAGAACAUGGGUCAGAGCCACAGAGAGCCAGCACUGUUUUCACAUCUGAACAUACAAGGGUGUAAAUGCUCUAAAGCUCCUGUGACACUGCAACUGAUCUUUCUGAUAUAAAGUGUAUUCUUUAAACAAACCGAGGUUACAAUGUCGGAUUUUUGUAAAUAAAACAAUUGUUUAUUGUAAAGGCAAAUGUGGCUUUAAAAAAAAAAAAAGAUUUAAGUUCUG